GUCAGAGAAAAUUAUUUACUUGAGAGUAGCAACGUGGGACGACAACUAGGAGAUCAUGUUCUGUUAUUUUUGACAUACCGUACACUUUACGUACUUUUGUACAUUUGUGUGUGUGUGUUUUCUUUUAACAAAAUACAGUGAGACAUUGCAAAGGCAGUCCUCGCGGUUGAGUGGUUGUUCUGCUCGCGUUAAGGGCGCUGACAGCAUGGCCAACACGGAGCAAAAUUCGUUCGAUCUUCACGGAGACGAAGAAAUAAUUGAAGUCAUUGACCUUAACGACACCGAGGCAACUCCAGACGACUUGGCAGACGACUUGGAGGAUGUGGACUUUGGGGAGCCUUCUGCUGCCUACAACGACGAGGGCUGGGAGACGGAGGAUGAGAUGGAGGCGGAGGCGGAGCAGGAUGACAGUGAGAUGACCUUCUCCAGGCACACCGGCUCCGUGUUUUGCGUCAGCUUGGACCCGGCCACCAACAGCCUGGCGGUGACGGGAGGAGAGGAUGACAAGGCGUAUGUGUGGAGGGUGAGCGACGGCCACGUUGUGUUCGAGUGCACGGGACACAAAGACUCGGUCACGUGCGCCAUGUUCAGCCAUGACUCCUCCCUGGUGGCCUCGGGCGACAUGAGCGGCAUGAUCAAAGUCUGGAAAGUGGAGACCAAACAGGAGAUCUGGUCUUUCCAAGUGGGAGAUCUGGAGUGGCUGGAGUGGCACCCCUAUGCUCCAGUGCUGCUAGCAGGAACUGAUGAUGGCAACGUGUGGAUGUGGAAGAUCCCCGGCGGUGACUGUAAAACGUUUCAGAGUUCUUCGUGCCAAGCCACCAGUGGAAAAAUCCUUCCUGAUGGUAAACGUGCUGUGGUGGGUUAUGAGGACGGGACGGUGCGCUUGUGGGAUCUGAAGCAGGGCAACACCAUCCACGUCAUCAAAGGUCAGGAUGGACACAAGGGGGCGCUGACGUGCCUCGCAUGCAGCAAGGACGGCUCUCUGGUGCUCACGGGCUCGGUGGACGGCCGUGCAAAGCUGGUCAACACUGCAGCCGGCAAGGUGGUGGGAGUGUUCUCUCUGGAGGGGGGCAAAGCCACAGGGCGGAGGGACGAGGACGAGUCCAACUCUGUGGAAUCCGUGGGAUUCUGCAACAUCCUUCCCCUCAUCGCCGUGGCAUACCUGGACGGCACCUUGGCCAUUUACGAUCUCUCCACGCAGGUCCUGCGACACAGCUGCCGACAUGAGACGGGCAUCGUUCACCUACAGUGGGAGGAGUCUUCUUCUGUGGUGUCUACCUGCAGUUUAGAUGGAGCGCUGCGGCAGUGGGAUGCUCGCUCUGGCUACAUGGUGUCCGAGUACCGUGGCCACGCUGCAGAGAUCCUGGACUUCACCAUGAACAGGGAGGCCACGCUGGCAGUCACUGCAUCAGGAGACAACCAAGCCAAAGUCUUCUGCCUCCAAAGACCCGAUCGGUAAAAAAAAAACAAAAUGUGAGAGCUUAGGAAAGACAGCUGAAAUUGUCAGGAAUCAGGACAGCAUCUUUUCUCUCCCGGUGUGGCCCGGUGGAGGAAGAGAUGUGUGCAGUCACUUGUCUUCCCUGUCCAACCUUUACCUUCAUCUUCUGACCUGUCAGCUCACAUGUAAAUACAGCAUGAGAAA